AUGGAAAGAUUAGAUUUCUCGUCUUUUGCUAAGGAGAUUAAAAAAGCAUACGAUGGCGUUGUUUUGGGUGACAACAACUACGCUAUUUUCACCACCCUAAAGGACUCUUCCCUUAAGCCUACAGCGGAGGCAGAUGGCGAUAUUAACGAUUUUGUGGCCGAAUUUGAGGAAGGCUCCGUUCAAUUUGGUGUUUUGAAAGUCAGUCCUUUGGGAUCUGACGUCAAUAAGAUUGUCCUUCUUGGCUGGUGUCCAGAUUCUGCUCCUCUAAAGUCACGUGUGUCCUAUGCCACCAACUUCGCCGAGGUUGGUAAGAUUCUCAAUUAUCAUGUGGAUAUUACUGCACGUGAUUUCGACGAUUUGGAUGUUGAUGAUAUUUUGAAUACUGUUAGUAAAGCUUCGGGUGCCCGUUACUCUAUUCAGAGUCUUGGCAAAUCUAAGACAUCUAAUUAUAAGUCCUCACCAAAGAAACCAAAUACAUCUGCUGUCAAGCCAGUAUCAAAACCGGCACCAAAACUUGCACCAAAGCUGGCACAGGCAGCUGCUGCUUCUGACGAAUGGGGUGGAGAAAAGGAGUUAGAGGUUAGGGAUUUCCGCGAGAAGCCAUUGACCGAGGUUCCUUCUUCUUACAAGCCUGUUAAAGUCGACAUGGAUGCAUUGAGAAGCGGUAAGAAGAAGCCAGCGCCAACACCAGCACCGAAGCCAGUGAAGGCUGCUUUUAAGCCUGCAAAAAUUGCACCCAAUCGUGCUGCUAAGCCAAAGAAUGUCCCAACACCCGCUCCAAAACCCAAAUCAGCUGUCAGCUCAGCAGAUAAGUUAGGAAGCAUUACGAUCAACCUUGAAGGAGGCUUAUCAUCGAUGCCUACUUAUAAAACCUCAAAAACAGUUCUUUCUAGAUACAAACAGAAAGUUGUGGCCCCGGAAUUUGGCACCAAGCCACCUACAUUUGGAGCAGAACUUCACCAAGGAGAAAGACAUCGCAACGGAGGUUUGAAAAAUUUUGCCAAUGAACGUGGUUUGACCCCGGCACAAAUUUGGGCCGAGAAGAAGGGUAAGUUUAAGGAGAUUCCGAAGAACGAGAAGCCUGUGAAUGCUACCGAGGUCAAAUCUAUUCCAGCGGAGUCUUUUGGAGACGUGAAGUCGAAGUUUGAGCAAUUGAGUGUUAAGGAAGAAACGAAUAGUCAACCAACCAAGUCUGUUUUUGCCAGGUUUGGCGGUAACGCAGAGGAACCGGAGGAAACGAAGGAGCCAGAAGCUGAGCCAGAAGAGCCAGAGAAACCAGAGGAGCCAGAAGCUGAACUACAGGAACCAGAAAUUGAACCGGAGGAACCAGAAGUUGAGCCAGAGGAGCCAGAGGAGCCAGAGGAGCCAGAGGAGCCAGAGGAGCCAGAGGAGCCAGAGGAGCCAGAGGAGCCAGAGGAGCCAGAGGAGCCAGAGGAGUCAGAGGAGCCAGAAAAGCCAGAAAAGCCAGAAGCUGUCUCUCCACACUCUGCCGGAAUUCACAAUGCACUCGCUGACUACGACUAUGAUAAAGACGAAGAUAACGAGAUUUCGUUCAAGGAAGGUGAAAAGAUUACAGAAAUCAAAUUUAUUGACGAGGAUUGGUGGUACGGAACUAAUUCUAAUGGUGAGAGUGGGCUUUUCCCAGCAUCCUAUGUGAAACUUUCCGAGAAGGUUAUUACACCGGCAGAGCCUGAGGAGCCAAAGCCCGAAGAACCUGAAGAGCCUGUUUUACCCCAGAGACCAGUUCAGCAAGAGAACAAACCCGAGGGUUUUUCAGCGGUGGCUGAAUACGAUUAUGAUGCAGCAGAAUCCAACGAAUUAAGCUUCGAAGAAGGUGACGUCAUUACAAAUAUCGACAAGGUCGAUGAUGACUGGUGGCUGGGAUCCCUAAAUGGAGAAAGGAAACUCUUUCCUUCCAAUUACGUUUCGAUUAAAGACUGA